AUGAAUGAAAACACACCGCUUCUCUCUAGAUCACCAUCCAAUGAAGACCCCCAGACUUACCGACACCAUGUAAUCUCCGUCUGGCAAACAUGGCGAAUCCCGAUCCUUUGUUACAUCGCGGCUCUAUGCCUCGACUUUGCAGAGACGAUGCGCGCGACGCCGAAAACGCAGCUUUACGAAUCCAUUCUCUGCGAGCGCUUCUAUACACCAAAGCCGGAGGAUCCAUCUGGACUCGUUCUCGAGAUCACAGACCGCAUGUGUAAAGUGCCGGAGGUUCAAGGAGCGCUGGUAUCGAUGCAGGCAUGGCUGAAAAUGGGCGAGAAUUUGACCGCUCUCAUCGUGGCCAUUCCAUUUGGCAAAUUGUCCAAUACCAAAGGCCGAACUCUCGUUCUCAUCCUCGGGAUCCUCGGCCAAAUCCUCGCAGACGCCAGCAUAGUCGUGGUAUGCUAUUUCCACAACAUCGUACCACUCGAGCUCCUCUUUGCCUCGGUAGCUUUGCGCUCUAUUGGUGGAGGAACGGUGGUCCUGUCGGCAAUCGUGCACGCCAUUAUCGCGGACGUGGUCUCGGAGGAACGACGAGCGCAAGCCUUUUUCUAUCUCGCGUCGACUCAGCUGGUAUCUGAGGUGAUUGCGCCGCUGCUAGGGUCGACUCUCAUGGAGACCAGUGUCUACAAUCCAUUGUUACUGGGGUUUCCGUUGCAAAUUCUCUCCAUUGCGGUCGUCUGGGGCAUCCCGAACUCAACGAGGUUUCAAAAAGAUGGCGAUGAGCAGCAGACCAGCCAAGGGACCAGUGGGCAAGAAUCUCGAGCAGAAAAUCUUCUAUCACGUAUAAAAUCACUGGCGAGAUUUAUGCAGGCUCAAACCGGGGUUAUUCUGAUCGGGGUGUCGUUUCUUUCGUCAAUGCUCGCGGGAGAAUCUCUGGAUUAUUUGGUGCAGUAUGCAUCGAAGAAAUUCGAGUGGAGCCUUGCAGAGGCGAAUUAUCUUGUGUCCUUCCGAGGCAUCAACAACCUGGUCCUCUUUCUACUCAUCCUCCCAAGCAUCACCCGCACACUGACAUCGCGACACCAUUUCUCGCCCAAAGAUGUAGAUCUGUGGACAUCCCGAGUGAGCUCGAUAUUUGGCAUCGUAGGUGCAAUCUUCUUGGGUCUGUCCCCUUCGGCGACAACCCUGACCCUUUCCCUUGUCAUUUUUACUCUUGCCGCUGGAUUCUCGGCUUCCAUCCAGUCGUACGGGACAUCGCUUGUCCGAGUGGUUGAUAUCGCACCGUUUUAUUCCUUUCUUGCGGUCGCCAGGAUCGCUGGAACACUAGUUGGGUCGCCUCUUCUGGCGGCUGCAUUCAAUGUCGGGCUAAAGCUCGGCGGAGCAGGUCUCGGGAUGCAUUUCUACCUAUCGGCUGGAUUUUUCAGCAUUGCCGGACUGGGUGCUUGGGCUGUUGGAUUGUUCGAUAGGGGGGAGAGGGGAGAGGAUGAGGAUGGGGUUUAA